AUGGCCGACGAAAUGGAUACUUCACAGUCAUCGCCACGUGGAACUAAACGCAAAGGCGACGAUAGCCUUUCACUUCCUGCGCCACGCAGGAUCAAGGCACUUUCGCAGGAUGUCGUCAAUAAGAUUGCUGCCGGGGAAAUCAUCGUCGCACCUGUGCAUGCGUUGAAAGAACUGAUUGAAAAUGCCGUGGAUGCGGGGUCGACUGCACUGGAGAUCUUAGUGAAAGAUGGUGGUCUCAAGCUUCUGCAGAUUACAGACAACGGACAUGGCAUUGACAAAGAAGAUUUGCCAAUCUUGUGCGAGCGCUUUACUACUUCUAAGCUCAAGGCCUUUGAGGAUCUAACCUCAAUCGGCACGUAUGGCUUCCGUGGCGAGGCGCUGGCGAGUAUCAGCCACAUUGCCCAUCUCAAAGUCACUACAAGGACAAAAGAGUCAAGUUGUGCUUGGGAAGCUCAUUUCGCAGAUGGCAAGCUCAUCAGUCCAAAGCCAGGCCAGAGCGCAGAACCAAAGCCCAAAGCAGGACGGCAAGGUACCACCAUUACAGUUGAAGAUUUGUUCUACAAUGUCCCUUCUCGACGUCGGGCCUUUCGUUCAGCUAGCGAAGAGUAUGCAAAGAUACUCGAACUUGUCGGACGCUAUGCUGUGCAUUGCCAAGGAGUCGCCUUUUCGUGCAAAAAGGCAAAUGAAACCUCUGGAAACAGCGUGACAGUACCUGCAUCUGCUACAGUAAAAGAUCGCAUACGGCAAAUCCAUGGUAUCAGUGCCGCCAACGACCUAGUGGCCUUGAACGUUGAAGAUGAUCGCUGGGGGUUCAAGUGCGACGGCUGGAUCAGCAAUGCAAACUACAGCGCGAAGAAGACACAGAUGUUGCUCUUCAUCAAUCACCGUUCAGUUGAAUCUCAAGUGAUCAAGAAAAGCGUUGAGCAGACAUAUGGAAUGUUCCUACCCAAAGGAGGGCAUCCAUUCUUCUACCUCAGUCUCGAGAUUGAGCCGCAACGAGUUGAUGUCAAUGUACAUCCUACAAAGCGGGAGGUACACUUCCUGAACGAAGACGAGAUUAUUGCUAUGAUAUGUGACUCGAUCCGCGACAAUCUCAGCAAGGUCGACACCAGCCGGUCCUUUGUGACACAGUCACUGCUGGCGAAUCCUAAAGUCCCGCUCUCAACCCUAAAACCGACUCUACCCAUGACUCCUAGUAGGGGCGAUGCAUCAGAUCGUAGUGCCUCAAGAGCACCACAGACAUCGACCAGAAAACGAAAUGAAAACAAUCUAGUCCGAACAGACACUUCGACCCGCAAAAUCACAUCAAUGCUGCAGCCCGAACGAUCAGUAGACGAUGCCUCAGAAGAAGAGAACGAGAUGGAAUACGAAUUCACAGAAAGGACACCAGUAGCAUGCCGCCUGACAUCCAUCAAAGAACUGCGCGGGGAAGUACGCGACGCAAUGCACACGGAGCUCACUGACAUCAUCUCGACACACACAUUUGUCGGCAUUGUCGACGAACAAAAACGCAUUGCAGCAAUCCAGGGUGGAGUCAAGCUAUUUCUUAUCGACUACGGGAUGCUGUGCAACGAGCUUUUCUACCAAAUCGGUCUGACGGACUUUGCUAAUUACGGAUACAUACGAUUUGAUCCGCCCUUAUCUCUAGACGAGCUGCUCAAGAUAGCAGCACAGCAGGAAAAAAGUAACGCAGGCGACUCUGCGAACGAAGUGGACUGGGGUCAAGUUGUCGAUGUGGUCAGGGAGCAGCUUAUUAACAAGGCGGCGCUGCUGAGUGAGUACCUUGCCAUUGACAUCACUCCGCAGGGCGAGCUCUGUUCCAUACCGCUUUUAUUAAAGGAUUACACACCAUGCAUGGGCAAGCUUCCGCAGUUUCUGCUUCGCCUGGGUCCUCAUGUCAAUUGGGAGGAGGAGAAAGCGUGCUUCCAGACGCUCCUAAGGGAGUUGGCGUCGUUUUAUGUGCCGGAGAGCCUGCCGUUUGCGCCUGAGGCUGAGACUGACGGUAAGGAGGAUGGUGACAAGAACGGAAAGGGUAAAGGCAAGGCGCAGGAGGAUGAGAAUGAGGAGACUGCUGCGAGACGCAAGAACAUACUCCAAGCGAUCGAGUAUACCAUCUUUCCGGCAUGCAAGGCACGGCUAGUAGGAACCAGAGGGAUGCUCAAGGGCGGGGUCAUUGAAGUCGCAAACUUGAAGGGCCUGUAUCGUGUGUUUGAACGAUGCUAG